AAAUUAAUUAAAUACAUCCGUUGUUUUUCCUCGCGAUGGCGCUCUGGGUUGACCGUUAUCGACCACGGGAGCUAUCGAAGCUCGAUUACCACAAAGUGCAAGCAAAUCAGCUGAUAAAUCUCUGCUCGCAAGGUGACUUUCCACAUCUGAUGUUCUACGGUCCUUCGGGCGCUGGCAAGAAAACUCGUAUCAUCUGCCUGCUGCGAGAGCUGUACGGUCCCGGCGUGGAGCGACUACGCAAUGAGGUGAUGAACUUUACGACUCCAUCGAACAAAAAGAUCGAAAUCAUGACCGUCAGCAGCAACUAUCACAUCGAGGUUAAUCCGUCCGAUGUUGGCAUAUACGAUCGGGUGGUGAUAACCGACAUGAUAAAGCAGAUCGCCCAAACACAGCAAAUCGAUCCAUCCGGCCAGCGGGAGUUCAAAACGAUCGUGCUUUCUGAGGUGGACGAGCUGACGAAGGAUGCGCAGCAUGCGUUGCGUCGUACGAUGGAAAAGUAUGUAGCCACGUGCCGGUUAAUCCUGUGCGUUAAUUCGACGUCUCGCAUCAUCCCCGCGGUAAAGAGCCGUUGUCUGGGGAUACGCGUAUCGGCACCGACUGAGGAUGAAAUCGUUUCUAUCGUGAAUUCGAUCUGCAAAAAGGAGAACCUCCACAUACCACCGGAACUAGCGGUGAGGCUAGCUCAGAAAUCGGAACGCAACCUACGACGGGCCAUUCUCUCACUGGAAGCUUGCAAAGUGAUGCAGUAUCCGUUCACCGCGAACCAGGAAAUUCCGGACAUGGAUUGGCAGACGUACCUGAAGGAGACGGCCAACAUGAUCGUGCAGGAGCAAACACCACAGCGAAUGGAGGUGGUUCGCGAACGGCUGUACGAGCUGCUGUCCCAGGGCAUACCGGCGGAUAUCAUUUUCAAGGGCUUGGUACAGAUUCUGGUGAAGAAUUGUGAUAUGAGCCUGAAAACACAAACACUCAGCUUCGCCGGACUAUACGACCAUCGGAUGCAGCGUGGCAGCAAGCACAUCUUUCAUCUGGAAGCGUUCGUGGCGCAGUUUAUGGCAAUGUACAAAAAGUUCCUAAAUCAAAUGUCAGCAAUGGAUAUGGAUGAUUUUUAACUUGCUA